GCCACGGGCAGCAGCAGUAUGCUAACAGAGGCUAGUGUUGUCACAAGGAUUCACACAUUUGAAUUCUUCCUUUGAGACUCAGUCAUGUCUCAGGUGGAGAAGAAGGCCGGGCUGCUGAGACGGUCGUCGUCCUCUAAAAAACCCUUGAAAGAGAAGGUGGUGCUGAUGUAUGAUGAGAUUUUUGCAAAAGAGGAUCCAGCCAAAAACAACCCUCGCUUCUGGGAUGAGCUGUUUCUUAUGAAGGUGAACCUUGAGUACCUUGAGACCAAGUUGGAGAGUGUCGAUGGGGAAGAAGUUCAGCGAAUUCAAGACAACAUCAACUCCCUGUUCCACCACUGUGUUCAGGCUCUGGGUGAGGAGCACCAGAUCAAAGUGGUCAACGCCCUGCAGACUCUGUGUGCACUUUUCCGAGGGGUUCAUCAGAAGAACAAAUCGACGUCUGGCUUUGACAUCAUCAACAUGCUCAUGGGGUUCGACAAGGCCGAGCAAAGGAUGAAAGACCUGAUGGAGAGACUGGACAGUCUUCUGUGUGGCGACGGCUCAGAGAGUCUCAAGAGCCUUUGUCUCAAACUGCUCCUGUGUCUGGUGACGGUAACAGACAAUAUCAGUCAGAACACCAUACUGGAAUAUGUGAUGAUCAACAGCAUCUUUGAAGCCAUUCUACAAAUUUUGUCUGAUGUCUCCAGUAGAGGGCAGCAUGGUUAUGAUGCUGUGGUGCUUCUGGCCCUUUUGGUCAACUACAGGAAAUAUGAGUCUGUGAAUCCAUACAUUGUGAAGCUGUCCAUUGUUGACGAUGAGCCAACACUGGAUGGAAUGGGGAUGGUUGUCCACCACGCUCUGACAGAAUAUAACAGGCAGUACAAAGAUAAGGAGGAGGAGAACCAGGGUGGUUUCUUCUCUACACUAACCAGUAUGGUGGGCAACAUGUUUAUAGCAGACGCUGAUGAGAAACUCUCUGUGCAGACAAAUGAGGCGAUUCUGCUGGCACUGUAUGAGGCCGUGCACCUUAACCGCAACUUCAUCACUGUAUUAGCUCAGAGCCACCCUGAGAUUGACAUCCCAACCACACCUACCACCCCUACUCCAAUGACACCGACAUCCCCACUCGGCACAACGCCGCCCUCCCUAGACAUGAUGAACAACCCAGAACUGCCCCUGGAUCCCAACCUGGGGACCAGCAACCUCCUCAUCACCUUCCUCAAGUAUGCCUCCAUCGUAAUGCAGGACACUAAAGAUGAGCAUAGACUCAACAGUGCCAGACUGUGCCUAAUCAUCCUCACCUGCAUAGCAGAGGACCAGUAUGCUGAUGCCUUUCUUCAUGAUGACAAUAUGAACUUCAGAGUCAAUCUCCAUAGAAUGCCCAUGAGGCACAGAAAAAAACCAGUGGACAAGAACAUGCCUUCCCGGCCGCUGGUGUGUGCUGUUCUAGACCUGAUGGUGGAGUUUAUUGUCACUCAUAUGAUGAAGGAAUUCCCCAUGGAUUUAUAUUUGCGCUGUGUGCAGAUCAUCCACAAACUCCUCUGCUACCAGAAGAAAUGCAGAAUCCGAUUACACUACACCUGGAGAGAGCUCUGGUCAGCUCUCAUCAACCUGCUGAAGUUCCUGCUGUCAAAUGAGACCACACUGCUGGGCAAGCACAACAUCUUUCAUCUGGCCUUACUGGUAGUGAACCUAUUCAAUAUGUUCAUAACGUACGGUGACACGUUCCUGCCCACCUCCAACAGCUACGACGAGCUGUACUAUGAAAUCGUCCGAAUGCACCAGGUCUUCGACAACCUCUACUGUAUGGUUUUGAGGGUAUCAACCAACACGGGCCAGUGGAAAGAGCCAGCCAGCAAAGUCACACACGCCCUUGUCAAUGUUAGGGCCAUCGUCAACCACUUUAACCCCAAGAUUGAGUCGUACGCUGCCGUGAACCACAUCUCCCAGCUGUCAGAGGAACAGGUGCUGGAGGUGGUUAAAACCAACUAUGACACACUCACCCUCAAACUGCAGGAUGGUCUGGACCAGUUUGAGAGAUACUCGGAGCAGCCCAAAGAGGCGGCUUUCUUCAAGGAGUUGGUUCGCUCCAUCAGUCUGAAUGUGAGGAAGAAUGUCUCUUUGAACACAAUGAGUCAGGACGUCCUGCUCAAAGAGUUCUCCACCAUCUCCUGAGAGACACACACACACACACCCACCCACC